AUGGGAGCAGAGAAGGGGACCAUUGUGGUCCAGAGCCUUCCUGCAGAGGCGACAGAAGAGGCUGAACUGUCAUUCCAGUUCACGAAGCAAGAACAUGCCCUCGCUUGGUGGGAUGCCAUGCGUCUACAUUACCCCGCCAUUGGCUGGGGACUUUUCAUGAAUAUGGCAACCAUCUUGAAAGGCAUUGAUGGUGGUGUCGUCCGCAGUCUGGUUGGCCUUCCCGUCUUCAAGAAGACAUUCGGCUACAACCGCGACGGCAAAUACAUCAUCGCGGCACAAUGGCUCUCAGCCUUCGGAUAUGCCAACCUACUCGGUGCAAUUGUAGGCGCCCUCUGUUCUGGCAUUGCAUAUGAACGACUGGGACCGCGACGAAUGACCGCCGGCUGCUGUGUGCUAUCCAUCGCAUUCAUUUUCAUCCAGUUUUUCAGCUCCACGCCGGCGCAGCUCUUCGUCGGCGAACUCGUCAAUGGAUGCAUCAUUGCCUUUUAUCCGAUUUGUGCGUCGGCAUACGUCGGCGAAGUGACCCCACUAGUACUGCGUGGGUUCGCAGCCACGAUGACCAAUCUCGCCUUUUCAAUUGGUUCGCUGAUCGCCUCGGGUAUCCUCAAAGGAACGGAAUCUUUGGAUAGUCAGUGGUCGUAUAAGAUCCCCAUAGCAACACAAUGGGCUUUACCCUGCAUCAUGCUGAUCCUGGUGGGUUUCUGUCCCGACCCACCCUACUGGUUGUGUCGCAAGGGCCGCUACCAGGAGGCCGCGGUAUCACUGCGCCGUCUCGCAACUCCCGCUGUCGAUGUCUCGCAAAAGCUGGCGCAUAUCAAGCAGACCCUGCGUAUAGAGGAAAGCUAUCAGGGUGAGCGGCCCACCUAUCUCGACUGUUUCCGGGGAACCAACUUCCGGCGCUUAGUUGUCUGCGUCAUGGCAUACGACAUGCAGGCAUUUACCGGUAAUGUAUUCUUCCUCACAUACGCCGUGCAUUUCAUGGAGUUAGCCGGCUUGGACGCAUCCGAUGCGUUCUCGAUGAAUAUUGGCCUGACGGCCCUCGGCCUUCUGGGGACGUGCAUCUCCUGGUUUCUGCUUUCAUACGUUGGUCGACGAACGAUGUAUUUAUUUGGAUGUACCACACUCGCCAUCGUACAGUUCAUAAUCGGCGCCGUGGACCUCGCCCCACGACAGACAUCUACCACGUGGGCGCAGUGCGGUCUGAUGCUAGUCUGCACUUUUGCAUAUGACCUGAGUCUAGGCCCGUUCUGCUAUGUGCUGCUGGCGGAGGUAUCUUCGGCUAAGCUCCGUGGGCUGACGAUUGCAUUAUCUACCGUGACUUGUUUUGUCUGGUCGGUAGUAUUUGCAGUGGUGAUUCCGUAUGCCAUGAACGAGGAUCAAGGAAACUGGCGCGGAAAGAUUGGUUUCCUCUUCUCCGGGCUUAGCGUGCUCUGCGCUUUGUAUUGUUUCUUGUGUAUGCCGGAGACAAAAGGUCGCACAUUCGAAGAGCUGGAUAUUCUUUUCGAUCGCAAAAUCCCGAGUCGCAAAUUCAAGUAUUAUAAAGUGGACAUCGAUGUUGGUGGGAGGCGGUUGGAGUGA